AGCCUUUCGACAUUUAUUCCGAGUGGUAGAACAUUUUUUGGAUUUAUUUUCACAUCAUAAUCAUUUGAUCAUCGGUUUUUCGCUCUACUUAGGUAUUUCUCGUUCUCCCCCGCAGGCGCAGCUAUCGAAGGUAAAGAUGUUCACAAUGAAAUUUUUGUUUUUAAGGGAGAGCUAGUGCUAAGUAAACUCUCGGAUAUUUUGUUAGAGAAGAUCUCCAAUAAAACAUAUUCAAAUUCAUGGCCGUGGUCGUCCCGACAUAAAGCGACAAUUUCAACGCAUGAUGUGUGUAUCAUAAUCAUUUGCAACGGCCAAUCGGCGACCGCGUCCGUCGCCUUGUUCUCGCGUCCGUAUUUCUACGCGGAAGACUGCUCGGGCGUGCGUGAACAAGAGUUCUUGUGCCGGCGGGCGCUGCCCGGAGGAGAAGAGCAACAUGUCGACGGGGUACAUAAUAAUGGGGGCGAUGGUGUGGAUGGUGUGGUCCACGGGAAGCCUGAUGCCCCUGUUUUACUGUUUUCUCGGCGUGUUCCUGCUCCUCAUCUGCCAGCUAAUCUGGAAGCAGGAGGAAAUGCUUUACGUGCCGGAGCCCAUGCCCGGGAUGCUAAAGCCCGAGGACAACCCGGCCGGGUUUCGGUCACCGGCCGAGUUUAAGCUUCCAUACGAAGACGUCUUCUUCAAGAGUGCCGACUCGCUGACGCUGCAUGCGUGGUGGAUACCCGGGGCAGGGACCUCCGCGUCAAGUUCGACUGGCGGAGCAGGUGUGUCCAUACGAAACCGAACCAAAGCGCCUGCAAACUGCAGCAUUCUCUUUUGCCACGCAAACGCAGGAAAUAUCGGCAUGCGACUGCCCAACUUUGUGGACCUCGCGAAAAGGUGUAAUGCCAACGUCUUUGCCUUUGACUAUCGGGGCUUUGGGAAAAGUGAAGGUAUAUCCACUUACUCAAAAUUUAAGUUUCUCAGAUUUUUCGCUUGUGUCCUUGUAGAGAACUGUGGUGCCGGAAACUUAAUUCUCUCUACAAGAACGAAAAAACAUUUGCGGCAGCGCAUUCUUCAGCGUUUCUUCAGAUGCAGAUAUUUAUCGACUCAUCUGUCACAGGCAAGCCAUCGGAGCAAGGUCUCAUUCUGGACGGACUUGCCUCGCUGUACGAGAUGAAAAGCAAAUACGGCAUCGAAGAGACUUUCAUUUUCGGCCGUUCUCUCGGCGGCGCCGUCGCUGUUUCACUCGUCAAAGCCAUAGAGGACUUCACACCCGAGGUUCGAGCGAAAUACCCCAGAAUAAAGGGCAUCAUGCUGGAGAACACCUUCACAAGUAGUGAAAAUGAUAAUGAUGCAUUAUUUUGUCUUGUUGUUUGUAGUUUGCUGCUGUUUCAGGAGUGUUAGUUCUUGAGGAAGGAUAUGCUGAAGAAGAAGCUUGAGAUUUAGUGCUUGUGAUCUCCAUCCCUGUGCGUAUGCCCUCCAAAUAGGUAUAAGCGACCUAGCGGACAAGUUGUUUCCGUUUCUGGCUUACCUGAAACCAAUAAAGGCCUUCUUCCUCCGCAUAAACUGGGACUCCAUGGCGCAAAUGAAGACUUUCAGCAAGACAACGACGAAGGUACUUUCAGGAAUUAUCAAAUGCACUUUCAUUUUGGCAGACCUUGCCGCAGGGCGUAUAAAAAAAUCUUGUACUGUGUUGUAUAAGAUACAGCUAUUGUCGCUGAUGUUCGGAAUCAUUUUCCGCAAACUCCCUCAGGUUUUGUUUUUAGUUGGCGAGAAAGACGAAUUGGUGCCUCCCGAACACUCACGGAAGUUAUGCGACGCCUGCCCUUGCCCCACCACCUUUGCAAGUUUUCCGGAAGGAAUGCACAACGACACAUACCAUAAAGGCGGAUUAAAAUACUGGGAAUAUGUCCAGGGUUUCCUGAAUGACUAAUAAAUCGGAGGGCGUGCAACGUGUGCAACGCCCAACAACGCCCACGCACGCAGCGACAUCGACAUAGUUCACGUCUAGCCGUAAUUUUAAUACCGAUCCGCCAAAAUCGAGAUACUUACCUACUUCGCAACAAG